AUGGAGGCAAAAUUGGGAUCACAGCCAUCCCUCGUAUGGAGAAGCAUCUGGUCAGCUAGGACUAUAUUGAAAGAAGGGUUGAGGUGGAGAGUAGGGGAUGGAAAUGAGAUUAAAAUAUGGGGUUCGAAGUGGUUGACAAGCCCUACUUCUUAUGCUGUUCAAUCUCCAGUGAAGGUGCUGCAGGAAGAUACUAAAGUUGAGGAGUUGAUUGAUACUCAGAAAGGUGAAUGGGAUGAAGCCAAGACUAGAGAAAUUUUUGUAACAGAGGAAACUGAAAUAAUACUAAGUAUGCCCUUGAGCGGUAGAGGAACAAAAGACAGGUUGGUAUGGGGCCCAUCUCAUAAAGGGCUUUUCUCAGUUAGAAGUGCAUAUUUCUUACAGCUGGAGUUAAGGGGAAGAAACCAAGGGGAAAGCUCAUUAGAAGAGAAGAGGGAUGAUAGAUGGAACAGAAUGUGGGACUUGAAGGUACCAGGUGUGACCAAGUUGUUCAUUUGGAGGGUUGCAAAUAAUUUGUUGCCCACAAAAGAAAAUUUGUAUAAGAGGAAGGUGAUUGAGGAAAAAAUGUGCCCUUUGUGUGAUGCAGAGGAGGAAACAAUCAUGCAUGCUCUAUGGGAGUGCCCUGCAGCCAAUAACUUGUGGGGAAAUAAUGAAAGCUGUGUCAAAAAGUGGGCCAGAUUUGAAUUGAACUUUAUGACUCUAUGGGAGAAAUUUAUGGACAGACUCACAAAGGACCAGUUGGAGGAGAUGGUUGUAUUGUUGAGGAAGGUGUGGCUGAGAAGAAAUGAUUGGGUGUUUGAAAAGAGAAUGGCAUGUCCUAAGAACUCGUUCAGUGCUACAAAGGCAGCUUUGCAUGAGUUUCGGGUUUCUCAAUUGGUUUCAAAUCAGAAUAAGAUGGUACAUAAAACAGACACAGAAAGGGUAAAGUGGGAGAAACUAGAGAGGGGUUUUGUAAAGGUUAAUUGGGAUGCAUAUUUGGAUUUGAAGAGAAAGAAAACAGGAAUAGGAAUUAUGAUAAGAGAUGAACAAGGUGAGGCUAUGGUAACUGUCUGUGAUCAGAAGCUAAAUGUGGUAGAAGCAGCAGUAGCAGAAAGCUAUGCCUUGAGGAAAGCAGUUGAGUUUGUAUCUAGAGUAAAGAAUAUGGCUGCCCAUAGCUUAGCUAAAAAAGCUUUAGUUAUGGAGGGGGAACAAGUUUGGAUAGAGGAGGUCCCAGGUUUUAUUGUAGGAUGUUUGAAGAAUGAUAAAGAUGUAACACAGGAAGAUGAAUGA